CGUGAACGCAACAUUACGGUUACUCGUCUUCCGGUUGUUGGAUAAACGCAGCUACGCAACAUGAACGCUUCUGUUGUGGUCCGAAGGUUAGCGGCUCUGUCCGGGGCCUCGGCGGUGGCAGCUGGGGCGUACGGAGCUCAUGGUUUCAAAAACAGUGACCCAGAUGACUACCAGAGAGUGCUAUUUGAAACUGCCAACAAGUACCAUUUUUACCACAGCCUGGCCCUGCUGGGAGCUGCCCACUCUGGCAAACCUGCUGUGGCCGGUACCAUCCUGAUCGCGGGCAUGGGGAUGUUCUGUGGUGCUUUGUACCACCAGGCUCUGACAGGGGACCCCGGCCUCCGCAAAGUGGCUCCCAUUGGGGGCGUCGCUAUGAUCGCCGGCUGGCUGGCCAUGAUUCUCUGAACUGUGACAGCUCACGUCUUCUCCAAGGGGCCACCAUGUGACACUAAACUGUCAGACUGCUAAUGGAUGAACUGGAGAGCUUGUAAGAGUUUGGCUGAGGGGCAGCACUGAGUUAUAAUGUCACCCAUCCAUCCCCUGCCUUGGGCUGUGGGUGUCACCAGGAGAUAAGGUCACAACAGGAUUAUCACUUUUCGACCAUUGCUGUCUGUUUCUGACUGAGGCCCUUUGAUGAGUUAAACUGGAGAAGAAGAAGAAUUUAUUGCUUCAAAAUAAAAUGCUGUGAAUUGUUUUUAUCUUUAGUAGCAUUUUAGUGUUGCACUCAGAAAGAAAAUCAUUAAUAAGCUAACAUACUUUUCAGUAAUCAAGUAUAGUCUUGUAAUUAUUCUGUUUUUACUGUAUUUUCCCCUACUGCAGUAAAUACAGUUGAUAUGUAUCUGUAUAUUUAAACAGCAUAGGUGGCCAAAUAGAGUAAAAAUGAAUGCGAAGGAUUUCAGUUCAAAUAAAUAUUUUUUAUUACGCAA